AUUAGGGACAAAAACGAAAAUACACGAAAGAGUGUGGUAAUAGAGCAACUAUAAUAGAAUAUUGAGGAGUAUAAUUAAAUAUUACAAAAUCAAAACGGCACAACGUAUUACUGUUAACCGCUCGCCGAUCCUCUACCAACUCGAACGGUAUCGUUUGAUGGCAUCAGAUCAGACUCGAUCAUGACAGAUAAGCCACCGCCUCCGAAGCCAGCGACUCCGCUCGACUGGGAGGUAUUGAUUGACGAUUUCCAGCACGGCGGCGCACGUCUCCACCGAUGGACGUCACACCAUCCGAUCCCAUCCCUCCUAGACCUUGCCUUCUCCAAUCUCCUCAAGAAGGACUUCUCCUUCAAGCUCCCGCUCCUUCUCUUCCUCGAAGAGUUCUCCUUCAUUCUCUUCACUCCAGAUCACGAGUCUUCCCUGGACCGCCUCCUCGACGUUCUCCGCUCCGUCGUCCAGUCCCCGCCGGACGUUGGCAACUUCACCUAUGCCUUCAAAGAGCAGAUGCUGGUUUCUACUACUUCGAUUUUCAUUUCUAUCGACGCGCUCUAUCAGUUCCCGCCGCGGUAUGUUGAGAGUUUGGUGGAGUUGUUGUUGUCUGUAGUUAAUCGUCCCAGCUAUGGACCGGACCGCCAAACUCGGGCGAUGGGAUGCGAGUGCUUGCGCGAGUUGGAGAAGUGUUACCCUUGCUUGCUUUCGGAGGUAGGCAGUCAUUUGUGGAGCAUGUGUCAAAACGAGAGAACUCACGCUUCUCAGUGUUAUCUAUUGUUAUUUAGUACGGUUGUUUAUAAUAUUGUAGAUCAGAGAUUGGGUGUCUCGAUUUUGAAUACUUCCGUCCCUUUGGUUCCCUUUAAUGUGCCGCAGUGGUUUUUGGGUUCUAGUACAGAGGUUUCGAGUUCAGGGUUGAAUUAUAAAGAGUUGAGGAGGGCGAUGUCCUUUUUGUUGGAAUCGCCGCAGGUGUUGACGCCCUGUGGGGUGAUGGAGUUCAUGGGGAUGAUAGUGCCUUUGGCCAUAACUUUGGAAUUGCAGGUGUCAAUGUUGAGGGUUCAGUUCUUUGGUAUGAUAUAUUCAUUUGAUCCAUUACUGUGUCAUGUUGUGUUGAUGAUGUAUUCACAGUUGUUUGAGACCCUCGACGGGCAAGAAGGAGAGGUUAUGCGGAGACUUGUAUUGAUUUCAAGGGAUACACAGUUACAUUUGGUAUUUCGCUUGCUUUCCCUUCAUUGGCUGUUGGGUUUGUUGAAUAGGUUGAUGUUGGGGAGAGAGGUAGGGAAGAAUAACUUGGUUGCUGAAACGGGUUUGAAAUGUUAUCCACUUGUGUUUGACCCGCUGGCGCUGAAAGCUUUGAAGCUUGACUUACUUGCAUUUUGUUCCUUGUUUCUUGAUGGUUCGAAGUCUGAAAGUGGCAAUGGUGAUGAUGUGGUUGCUGGGAAAUCUAUUGUGGAACUGUUUGAAGAUGGCCUUCUCUCUGUUUCAGCUUUCAAAUGGUUGCCUUCAUGGAGCACGGAAACUGCAGUGGCAUUCCGUACUUUCCAUAAGUUUUUGAUAGGCUCAUCAUCUCAUUCAGACACUGAUCCUUCCACCACUAGAGCUCUGAUGGAGUCCACUAUCUUCCGUGCCUCGCAGGGGAUGCUGGUGGAUCUGACAUUGGAGUUUCGAAGACUGGUACCUGUGGUAGUUGCCUUCAUUGAUCGCUUGCUAUGCUGCCAAAAACAUCUGUGGUUGGGAGAGCGUCUGCUACAGAUAAUUGGUGCGCAUAUGCUCCCAAAAGUUAGAAUAGACUAUAAGUUAGUUUCGUACUUCCCAAUAUUUGAUAGAAUUGCCGAAAAUGAUACAAUUCCUCCGCGUGGAUUAUUGGAGCUGCUUACCAAGUUGAUGGCUUUUCUUGUUGAGAAACAUGGUCCAGAUACUGGACUUAGAUCUUGGUCUCAGGGGAGUAGGGUUCUUGGCAUCUGCAGAACCAUGCUGAUGCACCACCAUAACUCUAGAUUGUUUGUUGGUUUAUCUCGCCUCCUUGCUUUCAGUUGCCUAUACUUCCCUGAUUUGGAGGUCCGUGAUAAUGCCAGGAUAUACUUGCGAAUGUUGAUAUGUGUUCCUGGAUUAAAGCUAAGAGGCAUAUUGAAUCUAGGGGAGCAACUCCUUGGCAUUGCCCCAUCUACUCAUUCCAGUUCAUUCUUCAAUCUUCAGUCUCCUCGACAUUAUAACAAUCUCAAGAAAUCUAGGAACAUCUCAUCCUAUGUUCAUCUUGAGCGGGUAAUACCACUCCUUGUCAAACAAUCUUGGUCUUUAUCUUUAUCACCUUUGGGUAAUGGGAGUGACAAAUCUAAUUAUCCAGAGAGUAUAAGAGAUGCUGAACCCCAACUUUGUCAAGAGGAACUUGAUGAUGGUGCUAAUUUUCAGACAAUGUUAGAUACUAAAAGAAUUGAUUCGCCACAGGAACCCUUGCGUGUAAUGGAUUCCAAAAACUGUGAGAUCUUAGCGACAUUAAGAAGGCACUUUACAUGUAUUCCUGACUUUAGACAUAUGCCAGGGCUUAAGGUUAGAAUACCUUCCAGAUUGAGAUUUGAAUCUGUGCCUUUUAAUCGACUAUGGGGAGGUGAUGCUCAUACGAGUACAUUGGAUGGAAUUGACACCCUUCCUGCCAUAUAUGCAACUGUGCUCAAAUUUUCAUCCUCGGCACCAUAUGGGUCCAUUCCUUCAUAUCGUAUUCCUUUUCUUUUAGGUGAACCUCCAAGAAAAGAUUACUUUUCUGGCCAGACAGGUUCCCUGGACAUUGUUCCCGUAGAAAAUGGCUUAGAAGAAGAGGAAAGCUUCAGAGCCCAUGUAUCUAUUGAUAUGGAACCACGAGAACCAAUGCCUGGUUUACUUGAUGUUUUCAUUGAAGCCAAUACAGAAAAUGGUCAGAUCAUCCAUGGUCAGCUGCAGAGUAUCACAGUAGGCAUAGAGGAUAUGUUUCUCAAAGCCAUUGUCCCAUCUGAUGUCCCCCAUGAUGCAAUACCUGUUUACUAUUCAGACUUGUUUGGUGCACUGUGGGAGGCAUGUAGUGCUCCUUCCACUACAGGUCGGGAGACAUUUCCGCUAAAAGGAGGCAAGGCGGUAGCAGCAAUCAGUGGGACCCAAUCUGUUAAGUUGCUCGAGGUCCAUGCGGACUCCGUGAUCAGGGCUACUGAGCGCUAUUUGGCACCCUUUGUCGUUAGUGUGAUUGGUGAACAGCUUGUUAAUAUGGUAAAGGAUGGGGACGUCAUUACAGACGUAAUUUGGAAAGAGGUGACAAUGGACUCUCUUCUUGAUAGUACUGCGUCAGUUGUUGGCAUUAAUAGAGGCCCACUUCAUCUUACUUACAUCGAUGAUGAGGAUGAGAGAGACAGUCAGGUCAAUUUUGGUAAUAAAAACAUGGGUUCCUUUCUUGUUUUGAUAUUUCUUCCACCUAGAUUUCAUCUUCUUUUCCAGAUGGAAGUAGGUGAUACUUCAACUUUAGUACGCAUUAGAACUGAUCACUGGCCGUGCUUAGCUUACAUUGACGACUAUCUGGAAGCUUUGUUUUUGGCAUAGAAUCAGUUGUUUUUUUUUUUGUCCCUGUACUUCUAGUUAGAGGUUGUAUCCUCGACUAAAUUCUGCUUUUCCUGCUGCUCAUGCCAUUGUUGUUUUGUUGGCAGCAUAUUCUUUCCCCAUUUUGUUUCUUGGGGAGGCAGGGUAAUUUUUUUAUUCGCCCACAAUAAACCCUUCUGUAUAUACCUUAGCAGUGAGUUCAUUCUUCUUGUAUUUGAUCGUGUAACAGAAAGUAAAUGCCUUCUUUUUGGCCAUUUUGCGAUUGAUAAGGAGCAAAGCAAGGUCUUGUUUUUUCA